AUGGGUCGCAAGGAAGAGGACGACAGCAAUUCCUGGAAGAAACAGACAAACAACAUCCGGAAAACAUUCAUUUUCAUGGAAUCCCUGGGAUCAGGUGCCUUUUCAGAAGUUUUUCUAGUGAAGCAAAGAAGCACUGGCAAGCUCUUUGCUCUGAAAUGCAUCAAGAAGUCUCCUCUCACGAGGGAGAGCAACUUGGAGAAUGAAAUAGCAGUGUUGAAAAAAAUAAAGCAUGAAAACAUUGUGAGUUUAGAAGAUAUUUACGAGAGCACAACCCACUUCUACCUGGUCAUGCAGCUGGUAUCUGGGGGCGAGCUAUUUGACCGAAUUUUGGAGCGAGGAGUUUACACGGAGAAAGACGCGAGUGUGGUGAUCCACCAGGUCCUGACAGCAGUGAAAUACCUCCACGAAAACGGAAUAGUUCACCGAGACCUGAAGCCUGAAAAUCUUCUUUACCUUACUCCCGAUGAGAACUCCAAAAUCAUGAUCACAGACUUUGGCUUGUCUAAAAUGGAACAGAACGGCAUCAUGUCCACUGCCUGUGGGACUCCGGGAUAUGUUGCCCCUGAAGUCCUCGCCCAGAAACCAUACAGCAAAGCUGUAGACUGCUGGUCCAUCGGAGUCAUCACCUAUAUCCUGCUGUGUGGGUAUCCUCCUUUCUAUGAAGAGACCGAAUCCAAACUGUUUGAAAAGAUUAAAGAAGGCUACUACGAGUUUGAGUCUCCGUUUUGGGACGAUAUCUCCGAGUCAGCCAAGGAUUUCAUCAGACACUUGCUGGAUAAAAACCCGAACACGAGGUUUACCUGUGAAGAAGCCCUGCGGCACCCAUGGAUUAAUGGAAAUACAGCCCUUCACCGUGACAUAUACCCAUCUGUCAGCGCUCAGAUUCAGAAGAACUUUGCAAAGAGCAAAUGGAAGAGAGCCUUCAACGCCGCAGUCGUCGUGCAUCACAUGAAGAAGCUCCACAUGAACGGUCACACAGCGGCUGACAGCACUCCCUCCGUCACACAAGUCUCAGAGGCAUCCAGACCCAACACACCCACCGUGGCCACCCCAUCAGCCACACCAGAGAAAGACAAGGACAGAUCACUCCCUCCAGUCCCCACGCAGAGUUAUCCAAAUCCUCCCACUCAGCUGGAGCAAGACCCAGGAAUGAGAGGGGGAAAGGUGCAAAACCACUCGGAGAACGGAUCACUGCCUGCGAGCAGCAACCCAGUCCUGCCGGAGAGCUACAGCCCACCAACCAGAACAUCUUGUGGCUGCAGUCCAGCCUGCAUGGCCCACGAGAAAACAAAGAUGUCCUUCUGCUCUGAGACAGUGCUUCUUAAAAAAUCUGCAAAAUCCCAUCAUUUCAAAUCAGAAGUUCUUGUUCCAAUGAAAACUGGUAAACACUCUUCUCACUGUGGCACCAGGCAAACGGGAGUGUGUUUGAUCAUGUGA